AUGGAAGAUUAUGUUGCUUAUCCUGUAAGACAUCCAAUCUCAAAGUAUCUGUCUUAUAAGAAUUUCGCCUUUACACAUACUGCUUUUCUUUCGAAAAUAUCUGCUAUCCAAGAUCCUCAAACCUUUCAAGAAGCUAAUUCUAGUGAUGUUUGGAGAAAUGCUAUGCAAGAAGAACUAAAUGCUCUUGCUGAGAAUUCUACAUGGAGCAUUGUACCUCUUCCUAAGGGAAAGAAAGCUGUUGGAUGUCGUUGGAUCUACAAAACCAAAUUUAACGCUGAUGGCUCAGUUGAGAGACGUAAAGCACGCUUGGUGGCUCAAGGUUUUCCUCAGGAAUAUGGAAUGGAUUAUAAAGAGACCUUUGCUCCAGUUGCAAAGAUGACAACUGUGCGGGUUCUGCUGUCAGUUGCAAUUAACAAUGGAUGA